AUGUAUAAGAUAUUUCGCACAACCGCUUUGCUGCUCAUCAUUGGUUUCAUUGCACAUGUCGGAAGUGCAAGUGCUGCUGCCGGUAGUUUCUUGGACCAGGCCAUCAAGUUGAUGGAAAUAUGUCCACUCCUCGAUACACACAUUGAUCUCCCACAGAUUAUCAGAAGUCUGAACCGCCGACCACUUGACGCUCUCCUCCAGCUGAACGGCUCCUUCCCUGGCCAUGUGGACAUCCCGAGAAUGAGACAAGGCCGGUUGGGUGGAGCGUUCUGGACCGUCUGGGCGCCCUGCUACGAUGUGGUUGACGAAGAUCCCGGGCCUGAUUUCAACACGCCUACAAACCACCUCCGCGAUGCGAUGGAGAUGCUCGAUAUUAUCCAGAACAUGAUUGCUCGGCACUCUGGGGAUUUACAAUACGCGAGAUCAUCGGCCGAAGUUUGGGAUGCUUUCAGAGCCGGCAAGAUCGCGUCCCUGAUCGGCAUGGAAGGAACCCAUGUGCUGGGCAAUUCCCUGGGCGUGCUUCGCGUCUUUGCUCAACUUGGCGUCCGCUAUCUAACACUGACACAUACCUGUCAUAGUGCGUUUGCUUCGUCUGCCGGGCCCGGAACGCCUAUAGCUCAAGCACAUGAGGGCACUGGGUUGACAGAUCUGGGAAAAGAGCUUGUCAGAGAACUGAACCGCGUUGGUAUCAUGGUGGACCUGUCCCACACGACGGACGCCACUAUGAGGCAGGCCAUUGCCGUGUCUGAGGCACCCGUGGUCUGGACGCACGCCGGGGCGCGUGCACUCUGGGAUCAUCCACGCAAUGUACCUGAUGAUGUCCUCAGCUUAAUCGGUGAUGGCCCGGGACAGAAAGACGGUGUCAUACAAUCCAUCUUCUUCCCGCCGUUUAUCGGGCCCAAUCCUGGUGCGAACGUCUCACGUGUUGCCGACCACAUGGAGCAUAUUGCUCGCAUUGUCGGUAGACAUCGUGUCGGGAUAGCCUCUGACUUUGACGGGAUGUGGACCACGGUGGACGGGCUGGAAGAUGCCAGCAAGUAUCCGAACAUAGUCGCCGAACUUUUGUCACGCGGGUGGACACCUGAAGAGAUGUGCGGUGUCAUGGGUGGUAAUCUGAUGAGAAUCAUGGACGCGGUGGAUGCGGUUAGUGAGAGAUUGAAGGGGCGUUUACCGUCGUCUGCAAUCUGGGAGAAGAGAAAAGACCUGCCUUCAACAAAGUGGGGAGGUGGCGGUGAACAGGUAUACUGGCCCAGAGAUGUGAAGGACAAGGUGGAAAAGAUGCAACUGCGCCAUGAUGAGUUGUAA